UGGUUGUUGGAAAAUCGCGCCGUUGUGAAUCAGUCACAUUGAGCACGCCGUCCGCUACGGACACACGUCAGAAACAUCUCAUCCCUUAAACUCGAAUUCAAUCAAAAAAGACUUUUAAGUGUGUGUAUUUAUUGUGUGUGUGACACUUGGGUGUGUGUUUGUGUUGUGUGUGUCUGUAGCAGACGCUAAACAAACAACAGUUGGAAUUUCAGUUUAGACAAGAAAAUCAGAAAACUACUCGCCAUGUUGCCAGAACCUACGACGACGCGGUUAGAGAGGAGCCACUUGAGGUUGACAUUCAACAGGAGUCUGAGCGAGCCAGGAGGCAGCAAUGGCAACAAUCAGGAGCUGAAUGAUCAACGUCACCAGCCAAAGAGACUCUACAUGCAGUUGCAACACCAUCACAACCAGGUGCAUUUGCAUCAGCACAGCAGUGGUGGUGGCAAGGCCGGCAAUUCGUUGGGUUCCAGUUCCCAGUCGUCGGUGUCGUCGUGCAGCACUUCGUCCUCGAUUUGUUCGAUUGACAAGGACGAACUGCUGGACGACCAUCAACCACCGCUGGUUAGCCACUUGCAACAGUCACCGGCCAAACGAUGCUGUCUGGGUCUACCGUUGUCCGUCAGCUUGCCGUCGAGUCCCAGCUCGGAUAGUUCGUCCUUGCAGAGGUCCAUGAUGGCCAAACGGACCCGAAUCUACACGGCCGACCAGUUGGCCAUCCCGCCGACAAACGGCCAGCAGCAGCAGCCGGUGGUGAUUGUCGAUUGUCGUCCGUUCAUGGCCUACAAUGCGUCUCACAUUCACGGUGCCAUCAACGUCAAUUGCUCGGACCGUUGGAACCGCAAGCGAUUGCAAACGGGCCGGGUGUCGUUGGCCGAUUUGGCCACCAGCCCCGAAGGCAAAGAAUUACUCCGCCGGCGGAGCGUCAAGGAAGUUAUCGUCUACGACGACGGAGCCGUCGAUUGCGAACGUCUUCCGCCUUCCAGCACCCUCUACAUCGUCCUGUCCGCUUUGCUGGACGACCACAAGGAACCAUUACUCUUGGCCGGUGGACAUUCUGAAUUCCAGCGACGUUAUCCGCAUCUUUGCGAGAGUCAGCAAAGUAGCAGCAACACUUCCGGCGGUGGUGGAUCUCUGAUUUCUUCUUCAAGUCACGUCGUCAAUUCAUCGUCGCCGGAUGUGGAUUCUCAUCCGACCACCCAAAUUCUGCCCUUCCUGUACUUGGGCAAUGGGCGUGACGCUUGCGAUUUGACUAAACUCGACCGGCUGGGCAUUUCACGGGUCCUCAACGUGACGGCCGAUCUCCCCUGCGACGAGCACAUCAUCUCCCGCGGAAUCAUCUUCAAACAAUUGCCGGCAGCCGAUUCCGGCCAGCAGAAUCUCCGCCAAUAUUUCGACGACGCCUAUCAAUUCAUCGAUGAAGCUCGUUGCGGUAGCGGUUCGGUUCUGAUCCAUUGUCACGCGGGCAUUUCGCGUUCGCCAACCAUCGCCAUCGCUUACCUGAUGCGUCACGCCCAGCUGAGUUUGGUCGAGGCUUACACGAUGGUCAAGCAGCGCCGUCCCAUCAUUUCGCCCAAUCUCAAUUUUAUGGGUCAAUUGCUGGAAUUCGAACAAGGACUCGGGCGAUCCGAUCAUCCGGUCUCUUCCGCCGCCGACGCUGCAGAAGAGCCAACGGAUGUGACGACGGCCAUCACUAGUACAUCGUCGGCCAAUGGCGACAUGAGUCCCGUCACUUCUUGCCGUCACUUGCGUCAUUUACCGCCUUCACGCUGGUCCGCCCGCGACCAAUCUCCAUCGGAAAUGGAAUCCAGCUGUCGCGUUUGAUUAUUAAUUUUAAUUCAUUUAAUAUUUAAUUCUCCCUCCCACCAGAAUAUCAUUAUUGAACAUUUUUUGGAUAGAAAAAAAACUCGGAAAAAGUCUAAAAAUUAUUUUCUCUGUCGUAUUUCUCGUCUUCCCAAUUUCGAUCGCCAUCUUUUUUAAUUUUGAAAUAAUUAUCACGUACACAAGUCAGAUCGCUCCUAGUCGAUGCAGCUACGUUUUGUUGUCACAAUUGAGAAACCUUAAAAAACCAACCACACAUUCUUCUUUUCUGCCAAUAAUAACCUAGAAACAAAAAACAGAAAAAAUGGUAUUUUCUUUGAUUAUUUCUCUCCCAUUGUUUAUUUUCUUUUUUAAUUAUUUUUUUUUUAUAUGAAUGGCGUCGUUUGUUUCUCAGUGUGUGUGUGCCUUUCGUGAUGACCCGUAUUGAUCCGUGUGUCUGUAUUAUCUCGCUGUAUUAUCUGUCAAAAAUAUAUGAAAAAACUGAGAAAAA